AUGUCAGGUCCCGCUCCAUUGCACGUUUACGGUCUGCUUGCAACACAGCCUGUACCCUUGCCACCUUCAAUUUCGGGAGCAGCCCCUGAUUUGCCGGGGGAAGCUCCUGUUCCUGCUGGGGCGGCUCCUGCGUCUGCGGGAGUUGCGCCGGCGGUUUCGAGUCCAGGGAGAGCCGCAGCGAAAUCUAGCGCCAAGGCCCCUUCUCCUGUUUCUGCGGGAGGAGGUGGUCUUCCAGCUUCGUCUGGUAGCUUGGCAAGGGCUAGCGCACCUUUUGAGGACGAUCGCCCGCCACUGCCUCGGCGUUUUCCUGUGACCCGAGAGGCGCCCAAUCCCCCAGCUCCUGUGCCUCCAAGAGCAGAGGGUCAAAGGCUAGAGUUGCGUCGCGCAGAGCAGGACUGCUACGGAAGCGGCCAGCACGGGCUCCUCUUGACGGUGCGGGAAGCCCGUGUGCCUCCCCUGUUCCUGAGCCUGAGCUGUUCGCGCCAGUUGCGGAGAGCAGGCGUGACCACCGAUCAGCAAGUGAUGGACCAAGAGUUGUUCUACACCCGCGAGGUUGGAGAGAUAGACGAGAAGAUCACAUGGAUCACCAAUCUCAAAGAUCAUGGUUCCACGGGGGGUCUUUCAGGGAUCAACCAACUGGCCCGGGAGUUAGGUUAUGGGGGAGGACAAGGAGUAGGUCCAAGGGAGAGGACGCCAGGAGGGGCCGAUCCAGCCAGUCCAGCCAGUCCAACAAAGCCGUCGAAAAAGAAAAGGCUUCGCGGGAGGGAAAGAGUGAAAGCUAUGCUCAAAGACAGCCAAUGGUCAUGGAAAAACAGCGCCCUAGAUCCGAGAUUCAAACGGCCAAAAAUUCGGUUGAAGAGGAAAAAAGACAAAUCCAGCUCAUCGAGCACAACCGAGACAGAGAAGAGCAACGAUUCAGAAGAGGAAGAUCUGUUCCCAGAGGAGGAUCAGAUCAAAUACAUACACAGGAAAUGCCCGGGGUUGCUGACACGUCAUGGAAUCAAGCAGGCAAAAUGCAGGGUUCUAGCUCUUCAGGGAGAAGGUGGGGAAGGCAAGAAUCCAGAGCCAGUAUUUGUUCGAUAUCAUCGUCAGAUAUUUGCCCCGCAGAACCCAAGCGCACCCCUGAAACGAGAGCAUCUGACACUGUCGACGGUGUUGGAUUGCAUUCUGCGGGGGGAAAUUUUGAAAGGAUCAGAUAUACUGACCCAACGAUUGAAAUCGUUGGAGCAAAUUGCGCACGGAGCACCAGCACACCUUGCCUUGAAGUUAGAAAUUCUACCACCAGAAUCCACUACUCUCGCGAGCAUCGAAGAGUCGAGAACAGCGGCAACGCAGCACCAUCGCGAACUCAAGGUAGCGGAGGUUUGGAAGGGGAAAGGCAAGCAAGGCUCAUGGGGACCCAGCCCGCCUUUGACCCCCGGCAACACCAAAGGGCUGAAAGGGAACAAAGGUUCAGGCGCAAAGGGAAUUCAAGGGAAAGGAGACAAGGGAGACAGGGGGAGCAAGGGAGAGCAAUCUGGGAGAACAGCUAUAGUGGCCCCGACAUAA